GCCCGGUUCCAUCGCCAGGUUCCUGGUUGGUUUCCACAGUACUGCUUCUCUUUCCACUCCACUUGUUUUGACUAUGAUCCAUUUUAUUCCCCCAGCAAGUAUCGAGCUCUAUCCAAGCUCUCCUUGAUGCCCGACCUCCCUUGCUGACCCUACAAUCCAGCGCGAGCUGGAGACACCGAAACGCCACUGCGUGUCUGCCUGCGAUAUUACCCCGUCUAAACCCCCAACCAUGCCGGUCUCUCCCUGAUAACUUCCCACUGGCCUUGUUUCUCUACAAAGCUCUCACUUACGGUGCUGCUGGUGCACCUGCCGCUGGCCGUCACAAUGACAAAUGGGCCCAUCCACACCUACGGCUCAACAUGUCUUCUAACGGAGGAUGAUUCCAACCCAUUUUCGUGGCUUUCUCAAGAUGAUCCACCUAUCGUUCGUCCGCAGUUUUUUUACACGUCUGCGCUCCCGAUCGACGACCCAUUGGCUGCCUUGCCUCCUCCGACUGGCGGUCAAGGAUCUGGAAAUGACAGGGCUCCGCUCCAGCCAUUUUCGGUCAGGGAUAACGCGGCCCUGGAAGAUGCCUGGAAGCUAUUGCAACAAACCAUAAAACAGAAGCUCACUGGGAAAUCCAACUCUCAGUGUGGUCCCCCAUCAGCCAGAAACCCGGGGAUAGAUGUACCAGGCCGGGAACUCCCCGUCGAACCAGGGCGAAAGAAACACAAGGGACCCCAUGGCGAUGCAACCUUCCUGGGAGGUCAAAAAGGACAGUUAGGUAUUCCUUCGCGCUCCUUGGAUGAUCAACUGCCGCCCAACUUCAGGCUUCGAUCUAGGAAUGAAGCCGGCAAGGCAGACGUAAACAACAAAGUAUCCCGAGACAGGUCACGCACACUUGGCAGUAGCUUAGAUGACGGUCCCAUAUCUGGCGCUGCCCUACGUCGGAAACGAGAACCGCCUUUCAACGACAAAUUUGACACAGUAGAAACCAAGGCCAGAGAGCUGCUAAUGAAUGAUGACACUGGUGGCACGGAAGGUACCAGCCCGCGAAGCUAUCCCUCACGCGAUGCGAGCAUCAGCGGCUCGCCCUUUGCCAGAGCCCCCAUCUCCCAAUCACACAGCCCUUUGGGCCAGUCGGUCGAGUCCCUUUCGUCAAGAGACGGAAACCAAGAACCUCCAGUUGAGCCAUCAGCGACACCGAAACCAUCAGGCCUAAGAACGGCGAUUCGUCAGGGCUCUGAUGAAGCUGGUGGUGAAGCUGGAGAAUCUGCUCAACUGGAUGAGCCGCAACGCAAAGUCCCCGUGGGUGCGUCUCGGCUUCACCUUGUCGAAUUGCCGAGUCUAAAGAUGAAACCGAUCUACUGGAGUCCCCUGCAUGACAUUUCGAGCGUUAUCCGCGCAACAUGGUUUUACAAAAACACCAUGCUACCCGUGGAGACGGAGCUUGCCAAUAAGUUGGAAGAUGGCUACAACUACCUGAAACCAUGGACUGAAACAUGGCAAGAUGAACUCAACAGCUGUGUCGAAAAUGGUGCCGAUGCCGAAAUGAAGAUCGUACACAGGCUAUGGCCGAAAGACAACACAACUAGACCACCGACGGCUGUGGUUGUGCCUAGUUCCGAUACUUCAACCUCUGCCCCGCUUCUGUCAAACGAAUGCAAGAGCACAGGAGUGGAGAGUAUGACACUGGAUACCAAUCGAGCUGCAGGCGGUGCCUCCGCAUACUCCGAAACCGUCAAGCCUUUCUUGAAUUCUAGUGUCAUCUACGCCGAUGGAAGAAACGCACAGAUCCUUCGACCAAGCCUUCUUCCAUCUGUGUCGAGGGGACGCAAGCCGCUCAGUGCAAUCCGUAAAGGGAGACAAAUCGGAAUUCCUGUGGUUCGUGGUUUUAGUAGGCGACUGUGGGACCGACUACACCCCAGCAAACCCAGCCCAGUAGACGUGCGAAACUACCUUCGCAGUACACAGUCUCGAGCAAUGUCAACGACAUCCACGGAGCCUAUUUGCUAUGCGUGUGCGAUAGAGGAGUUGCGACCCGCUCCAACAGACCUGGUUCUGGUCAUACACGGAAUAGGCCAGAAACUAUCGGAGCGGAUGGAGAGCUUUCAUUUCACGCACGCCAUUAAUGCCUUUCGAAGGCAAAUCAAUGUGGAAUUGAACAGCGAGCCGGUCUGGCCACAUGUGCGCCCAGGCCAUGGGGGCAUCAUGGCCCUUCCUGUUAAUUGGCGAUCAACCCUGUCUUUGGAUGAAGCCAAUCUUGAAUCUCCUGCCGCGGAAGAUCCUGCUGCAAACCACUACUCGCUUAAUGAUAUCACGCCUGAGACGAUCCCAGCUGUCAGGUCGUUAAUCAGCGAUGUCAUGCUUGACAUUCCAUAUUAUUUGUCCCAUCAUAAGCCUAAGAUGAUACGAGCAGUAGUCAAAGAAGCUAACCGCAUCUUUCGGCUCUGGUGCGAACAUAAUCCAGGCUUCCAGCAGGAGGGGCGAGUUCAUCUGCUUGCACACUCUCUAGGGAGCGCUAUGGCCUUGGAUAUUCUUAGCCAUCAGCCAACGAGGGUUCCGUCCUUCGAUUUCUCCAAAACGAGCAUUCACGGGGACAUGUUCGAGUUCGACACGAAGAACCUAUUUAUUUGCGGCAGUCCGGCCGGGUUCUUCCUUCUCCUCAACAAAGCGAACCUAUUGCCCCGCCGAGGCAGAGAUAAACCUGGCUGUGAAGGCGACGAUCGGCUCCCUGGCGUAGCAGGAGAGGCCGAUACAUAUGGCUGUUUAGCCGUCGACAACCUGUACAACAUCAUGCACACCACUGAUCCAAUCGCCUACCACGUCAACGCCAUCGUUGACAGCGACCUAGCUAAUUCUCUAAGACCCGCCUCCAUCCCAACCUCCACCGCAUCAUUCUGGCAAUCCGUUGGCAGCGUAUUCCGCUGGAGCUCACCCCCGACUCUGAUCCCCUCCACUACAACCAUCCCCACCCGUCCAUCAACCCUCAACAAGCUCCCAACCAACGUCGAACUCGAAACCCACGACUUCACACGCGAGGAAAUUGCCGAAAAACGCAUGUUCCUCCUCAACGAUAAUGGCCAGAUCGACUACUUCCUCUCCGGCGGCGGAGGACCUCUAAACAUCCAGUAUCUGAAUAUGCUCAGUGCGCAUAGCAGUUACUGGACUCUGACCGACUUUGUUCGGUUCCUGGUCAUCGAGAUAGCCCGUAAACAGGGUCGAGACUACACCUUACCGGUGCUACGUGCCGCGAAGAAGAAGGGCUGGAAAAUUCACAAAGGCUGAUGGAUACCAUGAUUCCCUUUACUUAUGCAGGCCUUUGCUUUGAUCCUCUUGUUUCUCUUCUCUACAAUCUACCAUAUUUUCCUCCCAUCUAAUUCUCAAAUUGUCUUCUGUUUUCAUUUUUUUAUCUUCUUCGUGAAUUUGGUCCCAUCGUGUGGCGCAACCUUGGCCCUUGUUUGGUGGUAGCGAUUACCCUUUUCUGGAGUCCAGAGGACCUGUGUGCGCGCUGCUACCGAUUCUUCCAUUGCUAUGUUUUAACAUUUGGUACUACUAUGUUUUGGAGCGUUCUGCGCUGGAUAAUACAGGGUUCGAAUAUGUGGCGCAAAAUAUUUGAAUAUCAUCUUUAUAAGAUGACACCGUUUGAUCACUGUAACCGA